AGCAGUGACAUGAAGGGCGGAGUUCACGGAAUACGGGUGGAGAAAAGUAACGUCUGGUUUGUGUGUCAAUGGUGAACUUCGAGGAAGUUGUUGGAUAAUUUCAGCUGAGCAAUAUUUCACCUGACGAGCAACGAUGGACAAGUUGCGUCGUGUAUUAAGUGGUCGAGACGAGAAUGAAGAAGUGGGACUUACAGCUCAGGUUAUGGACGGCACAACACUCAGUUUCAGCACACGGGUGAAAUGGUUCGUCAUUUGUUUCGCAGCAGGGAUCUUGUGCUCAAUACUUGGAACUGCACUCCUUUUCUUGCCUAAAGCUGGUAUUAAACUGUUUGCUGUAUUCUACACCCUUGGAAACAUUGCAGCAAUUUCAAGCACCUGUUUCCUGAUGGGUCCAUUUAAACAGCUGAAGCGUAUGUUUGAGCCCACCAGGCUUUUAGCCACUAUUAUGAUGCUGCUAUUCCUUGUGUUGACAUUAUGCGCAGUGUUUUGGUGGAACAAAAAGGGUCUGGCGAUCAUUUUCUGCAUUUUGCAAUUCUUGGCCAUGACAUGGUACAGCAUCUCCUACAUUCCAUUUGCACGGGAUGCUGUUAUUAAGUGUUUCACCACCUGUUUGAGCUGAAGUACCCAGUAUUCCAUCUGACGGCAGGACGUGCAUUGCAAGAAUGAAUAUGGAAAAAAAGGAUUGUUUUUCUCUUUCAUUUCAGAACCUGCCAAAUUAUUCUCCAUGACCUUAAAAAUUCAUGUUUUGUCUUAAUAUAAUAAUUUUAAAUAAGUAUUGUGUAAUAUUAAGAGUGAAUAUAUAAUAUUUGCAUUUAUUACUAGCCUUUUUUAUUUUUUUCUAAAGCUUUUUUUUUUGUGGCGUAUAAAUGCUUAUUACAUGAUAUACUGCCAGUUAAAACUGAGUGAAAAACAAGUGCCUUAUUGUGUGUGAUGUUUAUGAAUGAAGUCAAUUACUACUGUUCACUUUUGUACAGAAAAAUACCUUUCUACCAAAUAUAUUAACAAAAAAAAAAAGAAGAGGAAAAAAACCACGAUUCCACAUGCACACCAAAUAAAUACAAUACCCCUGC